CACUGUUGGUCACACCACAGACAACGCCAGUGCAGUCGAAAAAAAACCAUUGAUUGUAGCAGACGCGUUUUUGACGCUAGUUUUUAAACCAAAACAAGUAGCAAUUGCAUUAAUUCAACUGUUAUUCAAUUUAAAUUACAAUUUAGAGUAAACGACACGAAAUUAUAGAUAACAAAUUUGGAGUUUCUUCUAUUAUUUUUUAUUUUUAACUGCCACAAAUGUUGUUGGCCAUAAAUUUGGCAAUUUAAGUUAAUGCUGCAUGUACUUAUGAGAAAUCUACAAGAUAACGCCUUCGACUGAGAGACUGAGAGAUAAUGAGCCGCCAGCAUCAGCGGCACCAUCAGCAGCAGCUGCAGCAGCAACAGCAGCAGCAACAACAGCAGCAGCUGCUGACAGCCCAACAGCAGCAGCAGCAGGCGCUGUUGAUGGCCGAACAUGCCGCUGCCGCGGAAGCCGCCGAGCUAUUCGACCUGCUCUGCGUGGCAACAACAAUGCGGCAGAUCUUGGCCCUGCAUCGGGCCAUGUGCGAGGCGGUGGGGCUGCGGUCAUCGCCGCUGAACGACUUCUAUCCGAAGCUCAAGGCCAAGGUGCGCUCCUGGAAGGCGCAGGCGCUGUGGAAGAAAUUCGAUGCACGCGCCGCACAUCGCGUCUAUGGCAAGGGCAAUGCAUGCAGCGGUACUCGCGUUCUGGUCAUUGGCGCCGGUCCAUGCGGCCUGCGCACGGCCAUUGAGGCGCAGCUGCUGGGCGCCAAGGUGGUGGUGUUGGAGAAGCGUGAUCGCAUCACGCGCAACAAUGUGCUGCAUCUGUGGCCGUUUGUCAUCACGGAUCUAAGGAAUCUGGGAGCCAAGAAGUUCUAUGGCAAGUUUUGUGCCGGCUCAAUCGAUCACAUUUCCAUCCGACAGCUACAGUGCAUGCUCCUCAAAGUGGCUCUGCUGUUGGGAGUUGAGAUACAUGAGGGCGUCAGCUUCGAUCAUGCACUGGAGCCCACGGGCGAUGGCACCGGUUGGCAUGCGGCGGUCUCACCAGCGGAUCAUGCUGUCUCCAACUAUGAGUUCGAUGUACUCAUCGGCGCCGAUGGCAAGCGAAACAUGCUGGACUUUAGGCGCAAAGAAUUUCGUGGCAAGCUGGCCAUUGCCAUAACGGCGAACUUCAUCAACAAGAAGACCGAGGCCGAGGCCAAGGUGGAGGAGAUAAGCGGCGUGGCCUUUAUAUUCAAUCAGGCCUUCUUCAAGGAGCUGUACAGUCGUACGGGCAUUGAUCUCGAGAACAUUGUCUACUACAAGGAUGAGACGCAUUAUUUCGUGAUGACCGCCAAGAAGCACAGUCUGAUCGAUAAGGGUGUCAUCAUUGAGGACAUGGCCGAUCCCGCCGAGCUGUUAGCAUCCGCCAACGUAGACACACAGAAGCUGCACGACUAUGCACGUGAGGCCGCUGAGUUCUCCACGCAAUAUCAAAUGCCUAAUUUGGAGUUUGCUGUCAAUCAUUAUGGCAAACCGGAUGUGGCCAUGUUUGAUUUUACCUCCAUGUUUGCUGCCGAGAUGUCCUGCCGCGUAAUGGUGCGCAAGGGCUGCCGGCUGCUACAGUGCCUUGUGGGCGACAGUCUGCUGGAGCCAUUCUGGCCCACUGGUUCGGGCUGUGCCCGUGGUUUUCUGUCCAGCAUGGAUGCUGCUUAUGCCAUCAAGCUCUGGUCCAAUCCACAAAACAGUACUUUGGGCGUUCUAGCUCAACGUGAGAGCAUCUAUCGCUUGCUCAAUCAGACCACACCCGAUACCCUGCAACGUGACAUCAGUGCCUAUACUGUAGAUCCGGCUACACGUUAUCCCAACCUUAAUCGCGAGUCCGUGAACAGCUGGCAAGUGAAGCAUCUGAUUGACACUGAUGAUCCAUCAAUACUGGAGCAGACUUUUAUGGAUCCGCAUGCGCUGCAGUUGCCGCAUGUCGAGACGCCAGGCAGACGCAAGCGUCGCAGUGGAGAUGUCCUGCCGCAAGGUGCCAUUUUGUUACGCUGGAUCAGCACGCAGUUGUGUGCCUUUCCAUUUGCCUCCGAUCUCAAAGAACCCUCGGAUGUCUUUCGCAAUGGUCGUGUGCUGGUCGCCCUAAUCAAUCGCUAUCGACCUGAUCUUAUUGAUUAUGCCGCUACCAAGGAUAUGAGUCCGCUGGAGUGCAAUGAGUUGGCCUUUGCCGUGUUGGAGCGGGAGCUGCACAUCGAUCGCAUCAUGAAUGCCAAACAGUCCUUGGAUCUGAGCGAUGUUGAGUCGCGCAUCUGGCUAACCUACUUGGACCAAAUUUGUGAUCUAUUCCGUGGCGAGAUACCCCAUAUCAAACAUCCCAAAAUGGACUUCAGUGAUCUGCGUCAAAAGUACCGCAUCAACCAUACGCAUGCGCCGCCAGAUUUCUCCAAGCUGCUGCAGACAAAGGCCAAAGCCAAGUCGCCCAUGCAUGAUGCCGUCGACGUGCCGACAACAGUGCAGCGGCGAUCUGUGCUUGAGGAGGAGCGCGCCAAGCGACAGCGUCGCCACGAGCAGCUGUUAAACAGCGGCGGUGUGGCUGCAGGCACAGCUGCAGCUAGCAGCACAGGCAGCAACAAUUUGCAACAACAGGCUCAAAGUGAUACACCGCGCCGCUCGAAGAAACGUCGCCAGGCUGAUAAAACGGCGAACAUUGAGGAGCGCCAGCAGCGUCUGAAAGAAAUCGAGGAUAAUCGUCAGGAUCGCAUGAGCAGGCGACGCCAGCAGCGCUUCCAUCAGACGCAGAAUUUCUACAAGAGUCUGCAGCUGCUGCAGGCGGGCAAGCUGCUCCGCGAGGGCGAUGGUGUGGCUGAGGGCGUGGCCGAGGAUGGUACACCCUUCGAGGACUAUUCGAUAUUUCUGUACCGGCAGCAGGCGCCCGUGUUUAACGAUCGCGUCAAGGAGCUCGAGCGCAAACUUCUGUUUCCCGAUCGCGAACGUAGCGAUAUACCCUCGGCGAUGCCACGGAGCGCUGCCGAUGAGCAGUUCAGCGAUCGCAUCAAGAACAUGGAACAGCGCAUGACGGGCCGAGCCGGCUAUGGCAGUGAUAAGAAACCCAAAGAUCUGAUGCGUGCCAUUGGCAAGAUCGAUUCGAGCGAUUGGAAUGUGCGCGAAAUCGAGAAGAAAAUCGAAUUGUCCAAGAAGACCGAGAUCCACGGGCCCAAGGGCCGCGAAAAGGUGCCCAAAUGGAGCAAAGAGCAGUUCCAGGCGCGUCAGCACAAAAUGUCCAAGCCGCAGCGCCAGGAUUCACGCGAGGCUGAAAAGUUUAAAGAGAUAGAUACGACGCUCAAGAACCUGGACAAACAGCUCAAGGAAGGCCACAAUCUGGAUGUGGGCGAGCGUGGGCGCAACAAGGUUGCCUCCAUCGCCGGGCAAUUUGUGAAAAAGGACGAGACCAAUUCGGAUGAGAAAAAUGCUAGCAGCAAUGCCACCACCAACACCAACAACACUGUCAUACCAAAAUCUAGCUCCAAGGUGGCGCUCGCCUUUAAGAAGCAGGCCGCCUCUGAGAAGUGCCGCUUCUGCAAGCAAACGGUUUAUCUUAUGGAGAAGACCACCGUGGAGGGUCUGGUGCUGCAUCGAAAUUGCCUUAAAUGUCAUCACUGCCACACCAAUCUGCGCCUUGGCGGCUAUGCCUUCGAUCGUGACGAUCCCCAGGGUCGUUUCUAUUGCACUCAACACUUCCGACUGCCCCCGAAGCCCAUGCCGCAGCGUGUCUCCAAAUCGAGAAGAUCCGCUGCAGCGCAGUCUCCUGCACAGCAACCAGCAGCUGCUGCAGCUGCUGCUGGCGCUGUAGCAGCCGCUGAAGCGGUGCAGGCUAUGGAUACCACGCCCGCCGGUGGAGAUCAAGUAGAUUUGUUGGAAACCUCAAGAGCCGCUGCCUCGGCUGAUGCCAUGUCGGAUGAUGAAGCCAAUGUCAUUGAUGAGCAUGAGUGGUCAGGACGUAAUUUCCUGCCUGAGUCGAACAAUGAUUCACAGUCGGAGCUGUCCAGUUCGGAUGAGUCAGACACAGAAUCGGAUUCAGAGCUAUUCGAGGAGGCAGAUGAUUCGCCAUUUGGUGCUCAAACUCUGCAACUGGCAUCCGAUUGGAUUGGCAAACAGUAUUGUGAGGAUAGCGAUGACUCGGAUGACUUCUACGAUUCCAGCGAAGGCAUCGCGGAUGAUGGCAAGGACGAUACCGAGGGUGAGGAGUUCAAGAAAGCCCGUGAGUUGCGACGCGAGGAAGUGCGGCUGCAGCCAUUGCCCGUCAAUCUGCCCACGGAUACGGAAACCGAGAAGCCUCAGUUGAGUGUAGAAAAUAAGGAAAAUGUGGAGCGAGCUUCGCUCAAGUCGGCCAACUCCUUCGAGUCGGCCAAGAGUCAGCCAAGCACGCCCAUUGCAGCUCCUACACGUGCUCAAUUGGAGCAGCUGGAGCGCAAUGCGCCGCGCAAAUUUAGCAGCGAGAUCGAGGCAAUUAGCGAAAAGCUAUAUCACCUAAAUAAUAUGGUUAAAAUGAAUAAGGAUCUGGAAGUGCUGGCCAAGGAAAACCUGGUCAAGAGCGACAUAUUGAACAAGCUUACGCUAAAGGAGAAGUGGCUAGCCGAGAACGCGGCUAUAGCUGCGGGCAUGGCCAAUCCUAUGAAGGCCCCCAAAGCCAUCGCAGCUACAAGUGCUGCUGCACCACCCAAGUCCAAGUUUGAUGAGAAAUAUGAGAAGAUUGUAAGUGCUCCACAGCCGGCGACUGAGCCAAAGCCAAAGCCAAAACCUGUUAUUGAUUUUAAUCUGGACGAGUUGAAGCCUCGCAAACCUAACUUUGAGGAGCGGCCCAAGGAGCUGCUUAAAAAACCAGAGAGUCUUAAGAAGCCAACUCAGCUGAGUCCGAAACCUGAGCGUAAAAGCAGCGCCAAUGUCAGCCGCUCCAGCAGCACAAAAAGCAAUGCCAGCUCCAAGUCUAGUCCUCGCCUAAGAAAGGCGCCGCUGCCCGAUGACAGCAAAAUGCAAAUCGAGAAAAUUCUGGGUGCAAUCAAAAAGCCACAGCGCAGUGAAGUAGAUGAAGAUAUGGACAUUGAUGACGAUGACGAUGCCUACGUCGAUUCGCAAAGCAAUACACAAUUAAGUAGCAAACUCAAGGAGAUCGGAGCCAGUAGCUUUGCGGGCACUAUGGAUCAUAUUAAGUCUCAGCUGAUUACGCCCACGGUGCACACCGCUAACGUGGAUCUCUCCAAGUACUUUCCCAAUCAAAAGGAGGAGAAGAGUGCCGCAGGCAACACUAACAAGAAUCAGAAAACGUUAAAGGAUGUCGAUCUGGCCAAGUACUUUCCAAGUAGUCCGGCACCGCAGCGACGUGCCGUUGAAACAGUAGCAGAACGACUAAAGAAGUCUCAAACUGAGGCAGCCAUACCACGGACCCCGGAGGCACAGGCGCCACAAGGUGCUCAAACGGAUUCCAAAACUGAUUCCAAAACAAAGCCUGUGCCGCCCAAGCGGCAGGCAUCUCUGAACGCCUUCAGUUUACGCGAUCAUCAGCUGGAUGGAGCGCUCGACUUGAGCAAGAAGAAAACACCUGUUAAGGUGGUGGCUGCAACAAAAGCUGCCGUUAAAACCACCAACUCAACCACCUUGGUCAAGGCGACAACCACGCCGAAGGGCAAAAUAAAAAUUAUAAAGAAAAUCGUGCCCAAAGGCACAAAGGCCAAGAAGGCAGCGGCUGCUGCUGCAGCUGCCGUAGAGCCAGAGAGCCAAGUGCCGCCUCGCGAUGAAGCUGAACGUAUUCUAGAUGAGAUUUUGGCUGAUGGUGAGACACGUUCACCCAGCUCCGAGUAUCAGAAACUCUUUAAUGAUGAAAAGUCACCCAGCGAUCUCUCGGAUAAGAUCGAACGCAUACUGGAAGAAACGGGCCUCGAUCUCGAGCUUGGGUUACCCCGGCGCAAUAGCAAGAAGCUUUUGAAAACCAAGUCACUUGGCGAAGGUGACUUUGAUCUCGAGCCCAAGCGACUGAGUGGCGUCCAAAACAUACUGAAACGAUUCGAGUCCAUGAGCUCUGUCAACUCACAGCAAAGCGAUGAGCAGUCAUCGUUCAAGCUGCGCCGCAUGGAGUCCAGCACUAGCAAUAUGAGUAGCCUGAAUCGUUCACGCGAAUCUCUGGUCUCUGCCAGUGACUCGAUGAGUGAUUUGGAGAAAACUAUGGACUAUUUGCGGAAUGAAUGGCGCAACGAGGCAACAAAUUUUCUGCAAAAGAAACGCGAUAAGUUCUAUGCACAAAAGGAGGAACAGCAAAAGGAACUGGAGAUAAAAGCGGAGACCAGUCGGGGACGUGAGCUGCCUGUGCAAUAUCGCGACUCCAAACUAGCCAAAUUCUUUGGUCUAGCGUCGCGUAAAUCGCCCGAGAAGCGCAAGUCGCCCAUCAAAAAGCAAAAGUCGCCCACUAAAAAGCAAAGUUCGCCCAGCAAAAUUCAAAAGCCAGCUAAAACUAACAAUUCGCUGGAGGAGCUGGCCAAGAUUAGCAAUGCUCGGCAGGCGAAGCAAGCGCAAAAAACACCAACAAAAGCCGCCCCAAAAAUCAAAAAAGUUGAACCCAAGAAACCUGCAAGUCCAGCUCCUCCUGUGCCGGAUGACUUGGAGAUUUUACAUUUACUUGAUAAGGCCACAGAGGCCAAAGAGCUGGAGCUGGAGCGCUCCAAGACAAAAAGUCCACUCGUGGAGGAAGUAUCGUUGCCAACAGCAAACGAAAUUGUUAACAUAGAAACGGAGACUGCUGCCUCUCGCCCGAUUGUGGAGGACAUUAAGAACCUACCCAAAACCGGCUGCGAUAAAUCGCUAAACAGUUCCAGACGUGGCUCUCAAUCCAGCUUGGUGCUCUCGCGACGACAAUCGGACAUUUCGCUGACCGAAAAACUAAAUCUAGAUGCUUUGGAGGCGCUUCACAAUAUCGAGAUGGAGCGCGAUGUCGAGCAUGUCGAUGAGGUCUUCCAGAGCAUGGUUGAGGCAAUAGACCAAACGCCAGAUAUUACUGUAGAUGACGAUUUGGAUGCCGAUUCAUUGUGCACCACCAUUAGCAAGAGUCCUAGUGCCCAGCCCGUUACGGUAGUCAAGCGUGGCAGCUCCGAGGAGGAAAGCAUCGAGAAACUGUUUAGCAAAUUUUCCGAUGAAAUGCUCGUGAAUGUGGAGUUUGAUUCAAAUGAUGAAUUGAUUGGAAUUAGCCCAAGAAGUAGCCUGAUUCCCGGAAGCUCCGCGGAACGCGAUUUUGUGGAUAAGCUGGAGUCCUUGGAACGCGAUGAAGCUCCCUUGCGUAGGGUGGAGGAGUUAAAUCGUUUUACAAGCGGGCAAAACGCAGAAUUCGAUGAGCUACCCGAAAAUCAUUUUCCAGCGCGUCCCCAACGCAGGCAAAAGAGCAGUUCCUCGUCCAGUGAGCCCACGCUGCCAGUGGCUCCACAGCGGUUGAAAAAGAAACUGGCCAAAUUGGAUCCAGAGGAUAUGCCGCCUUCCGUGCAGGAUUUGCUUCAGAAACUCCACGUUAACAAUGUGCAGUCGGAGCAGGUGCAAAUGCCAACGAUGGCUUCUGACGAAAAGCCAAAGUUCCCGACACUUCUACCCAACGAGGAUAUCGUUGAUCACGUGGACAAAGGGAAAGACGUGGUUGAUCAUGUGAACAAAGAAUUGCCAAAGACCAAUGCUAACGGCUUUAAUAAAGUAAAGCCUGUGGGAGAUGUGAUACCAGAGAUAAUCAUAGAACAGCCGCAACAUCCGCUUACAAAAUCCUUGCAAGUGCAAAAUAAUAAUCCAAUAAAAAGCGACAGCUCCUCGCAUAGUAGCCUUAACGAGCCUUCAAAGCUCGUGACGCCAACCAAAGCGCGCAGCAAGGAGAACUCACUCGAUUGGGAUAUGGAGAAGCUGCCUGCUUCGCCCAUGCCGCGUCGCAAGCAGCCACUAAUCCCAGCCUCUAAGGAAGGCUCGUUGGAAUGGGAUAUGGAGAAGCUGCCCAAUAGCCCAAUGCCGUUGCGUCGUCGCUUACCCGUAAUUAAGCCAUCUGAUGUCUCUCCCAGCAGCUCUAUACAGCUGCUAAAUAAUCUGCCCAGUGUUGAUGAUGAUCAGGCCAUGGCAGAAGCACGUCUCAUUCAGGAAUUCGAGCUAGAACGCCGUCAGGCGCUGAUUAAGCGGGAUGAAAGCUUCGAGGCAAUAGCUGCCGAGCAGCGUCGACGAGAUUCACUGCAGAGCAGCAGCAACUCCAGCGGCAAUUCCAAUGGCAAGCGUAGUCUUCCUCCACCCACACCUCCACAAACUAGCGUUCGACGUGGCACCACCCAGGCGAGCAGCAGCAGGCGCGAAUCCACAAGGCGCGAGGGCACGCCUCCCAUGUUUAAGAAAUUGGAUUUGGGUGACGAUAGUAACUCGACGCUAGAUUCCACAGCGGACUCCACGCGACGCAGUUCGUUUGCAUUUAUAGAAUUACAGGACAACAAGCCGGUAAUUGUGCCUAUGCCCAAAAAGCUGCACCUGCCCAAGCUGGAGGCGCCAAAGUAUGUGCCCGAAGCAAGGGCAGAAGAUGAACCGGUGCCGGAGGUCUUCAAGGAUCGUGCCUGGCCCAAUCCGUAUAUUGGAGAUCUGCAACCGGACAGCGAAGAUGAAGAAGAUGCAGAGCAAGAACUGAAAAAGCAAUUGCCAGAAUACGCACGCUCUGACUCCCCGCCCUGCGCUGCCUUCCAGAAUCGUCAGUGGCCAGAUGGCAAAACGAUUUUCGAGCAGAGCAAACGGUCCGAUUCGCUGGAGGUAGAUGAUGUGCUCGGCUUCCUGGACACCAAGCGACGCAAAAACAAGAGAUUCAAUAAUAAGCCACGUUCACAGUCACCGCAGCCUUUUAAGCCACUUGGAGCCAGCGCUCGCCUGAGCUCUAAGUCCUUUGGUGAUCUCAAGUCUGGCCCUUCUGUAUCCACGUCACAGCAAUCACUAUCUGCACUAUCCAGUCAAGAUACAGACACACGAUCGACCACAACUACUGUGGCUACUUCGCGUCCAUUGAGCAAUAUUAACUAUGCUGACCCAGUGGAUGCCAACAUGCGAGCUCUGCUGGAUCGAAGCAAACGACUGCACGACCGAAAACGCGACUUUGUCAAUGAACGCGUUGUGGAGCGAAAUCCCUAUAUGCGUGAUGUCAUACGCAGCACGGAUCGCAGCGACUACAUGCCGGAUGAUCAGUUGUCCAGCUAUAGGCCACGGCACUACACCAGCAGCUUGCCGGCAAAGCCAACAACGACGACGACAACGAGUCGUUUUCCUAGCUCCACCUCAGCCUAUGCGCGCAGCCCUGCGCCACGCAGCAAUUAUGACUACCUCAACAGUGGGGCCACCAGCAGCGACUACCUCAGCAGAAGACCAUACACGACAUUGGGCGCCUCAACUACGUCCAACUAUUAUCCAACUACAGCAGCAACAAGUUCCACACAUCUCAGCGAUCUAUUCAGGCGACGCAGUCCCGCCUCCAUGUCCAGCUAUGGGCGCAGCGAUUACGGCCUGCCCGCCAGCAAAGAGUCGUGCGUACAAACCGAAUCCGAGAGCACAUCGCCCGAUGAAGUUGAGCUUAACUCUGCCACAGAAAUAUCCACCGAUUCAGAAUUCGACAAUGAUGAGAUCAUACGGCAGGCGCCGAAAAUCUUUAUUGAUGAUACACAUCUAAGGAAACCCACAAAAGUUCAGAUCAAGUCUAGUAUGAUCACAGCUAGUGCCUCCGGCCUGCACCAGAAGCAGAUGGCGUCGCGCGAAAAGGGCGGCAGUUAUUUGCAGAAAUACCAACCACAGCCGGUGCAGCCACAGUUUAAGCCACUGGUGCAGGUGGAUCCAACGCUGUUGAUUGGCAGCCAGCGAGUGCCGCUACAAAAUCCACGACCUGGUGAUUACCUUCUCAACAAGACGGCCAGCACCGAGGGCAUUGCCUCCAAGAAGAGUCUGGAACUGAAGAAACGUUAUUUGUUAGGCGAACCGGCCAAUGGCAACAAGAUACAAAAGUCCGGCUCUACCUCGGUUCUGGACUCGCGCAUACGUAGUUUCCAGUCCAAUAUUUCCGAGUGCCAGAAGCUACUGAAUCCCAGUAGUGACAUCAGUGCCGCUAUGCGCAGUUUCCUUGAUCGCACCAAGCUGGGCGACAACGCACAGAAUACACAGAAUGAUCUGAUGCGUUCGGCUACUACGAAUGUGAUCAAUGAUCUGCGCGUCGAGCUGAAGAUUCAGAAGACGCCGUCUAGCAACUCCACGGACAACGAGAAGGAGAACGUAUUCGUCAACAGCAAGAACGAGCUGAACAAGGGCAUGGAGUAUACGGAUGCGGUGAAUGCCACUUUAAUGGAGCAGCACAACAAGAAGUUAUCACCAACGACGCCCACCAAUAACAAAACUGUCAUCGAGAUAAUUGAUCUGGUCACGCCCGAGAUGGCCGUGCCGUUCAUUGAUCUCACGGUGCUGGAGACGCCAAAGAAACCAAGUGAGGACAGCACUGAGCUGGUAGAUUCACCUGCGAAAAUCUCGGACAGUAAUAAGUUAAAUGAUCUGAACCAGGAGGUGAUAAAGCCAGAUGUGUCGAAAGAUGUAAAGGAGUGCAUACCGGAUAUACUGGGUGAUAUCAAAGCAAAGAAGGAGGCAUCCAGCGCCGGCGACUCUGAGGAGCAACAGUCACUGCUCUGUCAAUCCGACGAGGAGAAGCGCGAUUCGCCCGAGAAGGCUGCGGAUCUGGACCAAGAGCAAUACGAACAGGAUACACUUCAAAUCCAAGUGCCCAACAUACCGUGGACCAAUCCCAAGUCGGAAAUGAUGUCUACUACCGCCAGCAGCGCCACCAGCUGCUCCAGUUCGGGCAGCUCUAGUAUCGAAGAUAUACAGCAUUAUAUCCUUGAGUCCACGACCAGUCCGGACACACAGACGGCAGGUAGCAAGCACAAUGUACCGCGCGUUGAGGUGCACGACAGCAGCGGUGCCUUAAUGCAAGUGGACAGCCUGAUGAUUGUGAAUGGCAAGUAUAUUGGUGAUCCAGAAGAUGUCAAAUAUCUGGAUAUGCCAGCAGGUGUCAUCGUGCCGUCUCCACCGGCUCCAGCUGUAAAGACCAGCGAACUGGACGACGAGCACGAAGCGGAUGUGGAACCAGUGACGGCAACUCCAGAACCUGUGGAGUGUACAGUUAUCGAGACGGAGCGUCAGCCACAACCACCGCCACCACUGCCGGAAAUGGGACCACCCAAGCUUAAGUUCGACAGUAAAAAUGAAAACAAAAUCGAGAGCUUAAAGAAUCUGCCGUUGAUCGUAGAACAACAUGUGGAGCAUAGCCAUGUGGUAAAGCCUGUUACGCUUAACCUGAGCAGUAGCAUGGCCAAGACGCCAGAUACCCCGACCACGCCCACGCAGCAUGACAGCGACAAAACGCCCACAGGAGAUAUGAAUUCGCACGGCUCCGACUCGGAAACAGAGCCCACUGGCACCGGCCAGGUGCUAACGGAAACUGAGCUCUCCGACUGGACAGCCGAUGAUUGCAUUUCGGAGAACUUUGUAGACAUGGAGUUCGUGAUCAAUUCUAACAAGGGCACAAUGAAGCGGCGCAAGGAGCGACGUCGCAGUGGGGCAGUCAAGCUGCCCAGCAGCAGCGAGGUGCUGCACGAGCUGGCCAAACAAGCGCCCGUCGCUCAUAUGGAGGGUAUACUCCAUGCCAUUGACUUUGAUGAUAUUGAGUUUAUGGACACUGGUUCCGAGGGCUCCUGCGCCGAGGCCUACUCAGCGACCAACACGGCAUUGCUGCAUAAUCGCGGUUACAUGGAAUACAUUGAGACGGCGCCAAAGCAGUCGGCUACCACCGAAAACACGCGCACAAGGGCUGCUGGCCAAACAAAGGCACAGCCACAGCCGCUGCUGACCAAGCGGGACGAAAAGCUCGGCAUCGAUUACAUUGAGCAGGGCGCCUACAUAAUGCACGAUGAUGCCAAGACGCCAGUAAAUGAGACACCCCGUUUACCCAUCAGCUCACAGAUGACGCAAUCACUGACUGAUUCGAGCACACUAAACGAUCUGGACGAGGACAGUCUUGGCGCUAUGGCUCAGUCGCAGACGCAACCCACUAUAACGACCACAGAAGAAAGCGAAGCGCUGACGGUGGUCACUAGUCCAUUGGACACCUCAUCGCCGCGGGUGCUCGAUCAGUUCGCGUCAAUGCUGGCCGCAGGCAAGCCGGAUGCGUCAACGCCAAGCAGCUCGGAGCAGCAACCAAAGACGACACAGUCGACGGUGACCACAAAUAGCAGCGGCAGUAGCUCGACACCAGCUCCUGUGCCGGCCAAGGAAACGGACGAAGACAUGCAGAUCCAGUUCGAGUACGUGCGUGCGCUGCAGCAGCGCAUUUCGCAGAUUAGCACGCAGCGACGCAAGAGCUCCAAGGGUGAGGCGCCCAAUAUGCAGCCGCCAACUGUGAUAGAAGCUACCAACGUGCUGCAGGCGCCAGCAGUGGAUGCGCCGAGGGCAGCCGGAGAGAACGGCACGACGGCAAGCAUGCGGCCCAGGAGCAGCAGCUCGGCAAGCAAAGUACCUGAGAUACCUACGCUUAACAGCAAGCUGGAGGAGAUCAGCAAGGAACGCACCAAGCAAAAGGAUCUCAUACACGAUCUGGUCAUGGACAAGCUGCAAUCGAAGAAGCAACUAAAUGCCGAGAAGCGUCUGCAUCGCAGCCGACAACGCAGCCUCUUGACUAGUGGCUAUGCCAGUGGCGCUAGUCUCAGUCCCACGCCCAAAUUGGCCGCAGCCAGCAGCUCCAGCGAUGCCAACUGCAGCAGCCAGGCGCACUACCAUGUCUCGACAGCUUCUGAGCAGUUGACCAGCCGGCCAAGCCAGCAAACGAAUGACAUUUUCGUGCAGCCAAAUCCGCUACAGAAGUCGGCAACUGCAACCUAUGUAUCGCCCUAUCGCACAAAGCAGCCAGCGAUGCGUACAGCAGAUCUGUACAAGUCGCGUCCCUUCAGCGAACAUAUCGAUGCUGAGCAAUUGAGUCUGCUGGAGCGUCAUAAGCUCAAUAAGACCGCCUCGUUUAGCUACGGCAAAGUAGAUGAGCUCACAACGCCCAGCGCACCAGUGCGUCCGCAUCGCAACGGGAACCAUGGGCAAAGUCAACGACAGAUCGAGCAAGCUGUCGAUGUGGGCAUCUCUUCGACGUCCACGGAGAAUCUGCGCAGCGAGGCCAGAGCACGUGCUCGGCUAAAGUCCAACACCGAACUGGGCUUGAGCCCCGAGGAAAAGAUGCAAUUGCUACGCAAGCGUCUACAUUAUGAUCAGAACAGCGCCAUUAAGGCGAGGCAGCAAGAUGCAGUAGCCAGCGACCUAACAGCACGUGCUCGCAAAAUGAGCGCUUCUAAGAGUGUCAACGAUCUGGCUUACAUGGUCACCCAUGGCCAACAGCAGCCGCUGCGCCUGGACAACGAUGCCGUCAGCCAAGCCAAAGCAGCGGACUUUACAUCGGAUCCCAAUUUGGCGGCCAGUGGGCAGGAGAAGCCGCUGCAGAGCAAGUCUAGUAGCAAGAGACAUAAGGAUCCAGAGCGUCGCAAAAGUCUUAUACAAUCCUUGUCCAACUUCUUUCAUAAGAGCAGCACCAACUCAACAACAGCCUCGGCGUCCAGCAGUCCCAAGGAAUUGGGCGGCGCUGUAGCUGCCUGUCACUCUGAGCAUUCAGAGCGUCCGGGCACUAGCAGCAGUGGCACGCCCACUAUCUCCGAAGCAGGCAGCGGCGGGGGCGGGGGCGGCGGCGUCUUCAGCCGCUUCCGCAUUUCACCCAAAUCGAAGGAGAAGUCUAAGUCUUGCUUUGAUCUGCGGAAUUUCGGUUUUGGUGACAAGGAUAUGUUCACAAACAAUGCAAUAUUGCCAACAAGCACAACAACUGCAACAAUCACAACACAAACGAAACACGCCCAAGAUUACCUCAACACAACGAACAACAGUCGCUAUCGAAAGCAAGCGAACACCGAAUCGUUCUCAUCGUCCAGCCCGCAGCUCUAUAUACAUAAUCCCCAUCAUUUGGCCGCAUCGAUUGCCAUGGACGACCAGAUCCCGCCACCCAUACCGCCUUUGCCACUGAAUUAUCAAAGAUCCGAUGAUGAGAGCAACGCUAACGAGACACGAGAGCAUAAGAAGCAACGUGCCAUAUCGAAGGCUUCGCGACAGGCUGAACUCAAGCGAUUGCGAAUCGCUCAAGAAAUACAGCGUGAACAGGAGGAGCUAGAGGUGCAAUUGAAGGAGCUGGAGGCUCGAGGCGUUCUAAUUGAGAAAGCCCUGCGGGGCGAGGCGCAAAACUAUGAAAACCUGGACACAACUAAGGACAAUGACGAUAAGCUAUUAAAGGAACUUUUGGAAAUUUGGCGUAAUAUCACAGCACUGAAAAAACGUGAUGAGGAACUUACUAUAAGACAACAGGAACUGCAACUGGAGUAUCGACAUGCUCAGCUUAAAGAAGAGCUCAAUUUGCGCUUGUCUUGUAAUAAACUGGAUAAGAGCUCCGCCGAUGUGGCCGCGGAGGGUGCAAUACUCAAUGAGAUGCUGGAAAUUGUGGCUAAACGUGCCUCGUUACGACCAAACGCUUCACAGAUGGAUCUUACCGCAGCCGGCACUGCCUCAAGCUCGACGGACGCGGGCAUUACACUAACCGGACAUUCGCAUGAACAGGAAGAAUCGAAUAUUUGAAUUUUAAACUUGCCUUGGGGUUUACUGGCUAACGAGAUCUGGCAUGGAUUUUUACGCCUAAAUACUUAAGCAGAAAUGUACCAAAAACAAAAAAGAAAACAAAAACAAUAACGAUAACGAUACUAAAAAUAGAGAGCUGUAAGAUAAACGAGCAAAUUAUACGCCGAGUAUGCAUUCUGGCGGAAUAGUUUAUAAUAGUCGAUUAAGAUAUUUUUCAUAAAACGCGCAACAUUAAUGUAUAAAAGCAAAAAACUAUAGAAAAGAAAACUACAUAGACAACGUUUGCCAAUUUUAAAGUUAAAGCUCAGUUAGUUUCGAACAUUAUUAUACACAAAAAGUUUUAGUCAUUUAAUUUGUUGCAGCCC